GCAUCUACCUCAACCUCGGAUGGGAUGUUGACCCUCGACCUGAUCCAGGAGGAGGAAACCUCUGCAGAGGAUCACAGCACGUGUGAGGAGAAUUUCCGUGUGGACCUGGAUAAAUCCGUGGCUCAUCUCACUGCCGGGAGACGCCGAGCGGACUCGGAGAGCACCAAACCCUUGGAAAAGGAGAGGACAGGGAGUCUCCCGAGGCAGGAUUUGACCUCAUGGGUCAGAGCUGGGCAAGGCAAGGACUCCUUGGAUAAAGGGACCAUGUACACACCACAGGUGCCCAAAAAAUUGUCACCUAUGGAAAAGAACAAAUGUGCCUCCAUGGAGGAGAUCUUAUCCCGUCGGGAUUCCUCCGCUCCCCGCGCGCCGCUCCGGAAAGGGCUGGAAAUACAGUUUGUCUCUGCAGAACCAGAGCAGCUUUCCAGGCUCCAGGAAUUGGUUGCACUGAAACUGGAAAAAACUCAGGAAUUGCUGACAGAGGUUCAAGGCUAUGGGGAAGGCAAGAGAAAACCUAAGGACAUCAACACCAACGUCACCAGUACCACCAGCAGCAGCACCACUAGCACCACCUCAUCUUCCUCGGCCUCUUCCAAGUUGGACUCGGAGAGGAUUCUACAGGAAUCUGAGAGGUUGUUGGGAGAGGCUUCAUCCACCUGGAGCCAAGCCAAGAGGGUGUUGCAGGAGAUCCGAGAGCUGAGGGACCUGUACAAACAGUUUGAGCUGCCACAAUCAGACUCAAAGGCCAAACAGAGCUCACAGUCCCAAUUCAGGAAGAGCAUGAUGUGA